AUGUUUCAAAAGUUUGAGCAAGAACUAAUACAAAGUACAACAUGUUUCCUAGAGCUCAAAACAGAGGAUGCUUCUGAAGUUGUCUUUAACGUGAGCGAAAGGAAAAAUUGGGAAACAAGAGUGGCAGAAGUCGUAUAUGUCAAAGAUUCUGACCACGCAUCGUGUAGCUGCAAAAGAUUUGAAUUUGUUGGAAUUAUUUGCAAGCACAUCCUAGCAUUGUUCAGAAGGGACCAGAUUGAAUAUAUGCCCGAUAAAUAUAUUUUGAAGAGGUGGAAGAAAACUGCGAAAUCUGGAUUGGUGUCAGAUGCAAAUGGCAACGAAAUUAAAGACUGUGCAGAUCCUGGUCUUUUAAUAAAGCGGUGUACAAUGUCUCGACUUGCUUCAGAUGUGGUUGAGGAUGCAUUAAUGGGUGAAGAAGGAUGUGAGCUACUGUCAGAGACUCUAAAAAGUUUGCAGGUGAAGUUGAAGUUGUUGAAGGAUGGACCAAGUAAUAACGAAGUUGGAGGGUCCAGCUCUCAAACACAAUAUAUGAAAGACCCUAAGAGAGUGAGGUGCAAAGGAAGGUCGAAAGGAGUAACGGGAGCAAAUGAAAAGGCAAUGAAGCGAGGGAUUAGACACUGUCGAGAGUGUGGACACAUUGGUCAUGAUAGAAGACAAUACCCAAGACAUUUGAACACACCGACAUCACCGUCGAACAAUGACGAAUCAACUCCAAUAGAUCGUGGUGACCCAUUAUUCGACGAAUUUGACAGGAUGCACGGACCAACUGAAUGA